CCCUCCCUUAUCUUCCCCCCUUUCUCUCUCCCCCUUUCCCCACUCGUCCCCCUCUUUUCAUCCACCUCUCCCCUCUGAUCUUUCCCCACGCCCUCAUAUCUUCCUCUCUCCCUCUUUCAUCUUCCCUCCCUUCCUUUCCUCCUCUUCCCCCUCAGGCGUCGAACCAUGGCAGCUGGAGCUCUUGGGGGUCGUGGGGCGCGUGCUCGAGGUCCUGUGGAGGGGGGGUGCAGUUUGCCCAGCGUCUGUGUAACAACCCCCCGCCCAGGAACAACGGGCGCUACUGCACCGGCAAGAGGGCCAUCUACAGGUCCUGCAGUGUCACACCCUGCCCUGUGUCUGCUAAGAGUUUCCGUCAGGAGCAGUGCGAGGUACGGAACGGCCCCCAGACAGACCCUAAGGGGGUGAAGACCUUCGUGGAGUGGAGCCCCAAGUACGCGGGGGUGCUGCCCAAAGACGUGUGCAAGCUGACCUGCCGCGCCAAGGGCACCGGCUACUACGUGGUGUUUUCUCAGAGGGUGACAGACGGGACGGAGUGCCGUCCGUCCAGCAGCUCGGUGUGUGUGAAGGGGAAGUGUGUGCGCACGGGCUGCGACGGCAUCAUCGGCUCCAAGCUGCAGUUCGACAAGUGCGGCAUCUGUGGAGGGGACAGCCUGGGCUGCGUCCGGGUGGUGGGCAACUUUACCAAGAAAAGUAAGGGCUACACGGACGUGGUGAAAAUCCCGGUCGGUUCCACCCACAUCAAGGUCCGCCAGCACAAAGCCAAGGACCAGCAGCGCUACACUGCCUACCUGGCCCUGCGCAAGCCCGGGUCAGACUACCUCCUCAACGGCAAGUUCAUGAUCUCCACCUCCGAGACCAUCAUCCCCCUCAACGGCUCCGUCCUCAACUACAGCGGCUGGAGCCAGAGGGACGAGUGGCUCCACAGCAUGGGCCCCGGGGCCCUCCGCGAGGCCCUGGUGGUCCAGAUCCUGGCCACCGACGCCAAGAAGCCCUUGGACGUACGUUACAGCUUCUUCAUGCCCCGCCGGAUACCCCCUGCCCCCCCGGCCGCGCCCGCCCGCUCCACGGCCCAGGUCACCAGCGCCACCACGUCGACCAUCCCCAGGAGCAGCAGCAGCACCACCACUACCGCCGCGCUCAGAUCCACCAGCGCCUUGCUGGACCUGAGCCCCACGGGCCCCGGGCCCUCCACACCGGCCCCGGGGCCUCAGUGGGUGACGGGCCCCUGGAUGAGCUGCUCCAGGACUUGUGACACGGGCUGGCAGAGCCGCACGGUGCAGUGUAAGGACCCACAGGGCAAGCUGGCCAAGGGCUGCACGCUAGUCGCACGCCCCUCUGCCUUCAAACACUGCCUGGUGAAAAAGUGCUGAGGUGACGAGGACCCCGGAAAGUGUGGGUGAGGGGGCACACACACAUUUACGGAGCCUGGCACCAGCCACAGACAACACCCCCCCCCCCUCCCAACUUCCAAUAAACCUUGAGUGUGUAUGUAUGUUUCCACUUCAUGUAUCGUGUGUCUCUGUUCCAUGUUUUGUGGUUCAUUGUGACAGCCUGGCUUGUGUGUGGUCCUGUGUGUGUGGACUCCUAAACAUGGACUCCUCUCAUCCAGCUCUCUGAACCCCACCCAGCCCCCUCUGCCCCUCCGCCCUCUCCUAUCUCCACCGCAUUCAAUUUGUCAAUUCAUCUUCAGACCAGGAAGUGGACAGGGAGCACAGCCACGACUGGAGACCAGGGAUUGGACCGUACUGCCACUCAACCAAUAGAACAGGGACGGUGCUAUGAUGUCAGAGCAGGGACAGAGAGAGAGAGACACAGGGACUCAACAGAGGUCUCCUAGAGACUGACUGCUCCUCUCAAACUGCCAGGCAUGGAUGACUAUGGACUACAGAAACUCACUGUCCUGAGCCUGAACAGGACAGUAACAUGGGAUUACAUGGGCUAAGCUUGACACUAGAUAGUAGUAUAUGUGUGGUUCCGGGUGCGUGCAUGUGUGUGCGUGUGUGUGCAUGUGUGUGUGUGUGUGUGCGUGCGUGUGGUGUGGGUGUGUGUGUGUGUGUGUGUAUGACUAUACCUUACAUGCGGUGUGAACCAAUAGUGUUUUUGUCUUCUGUAUCCUGACGGUUCUCUGGCCUCAGUUCCAGUUGUAUCAGUAUCUGGGUACGAGGGGGUGGUCACCAUUUGUCACUGUGUUUCUUAGCCUCUAUAUUGUCUGUGUGUCAGUUUGUCUGUUUAGGAACAACGCUUAUCCUCGCUAGUAUGACAAUGUGUGCCCUGGAUACUCGCAAAACCAGCAAGAGGGAAACUAGACCAGACAUACCUGUCCAGAUACAGCUCUCACUCUCUUUCUUUUUCUCUCUCUCGCUCUCUCUCUCUCUACUGUAUCACCCUUUCAAAAGAUUCCUAGAGAAAACCAAUAGUCAAACAGCAAGAGGAAAUCUGACCACAUCAACAUACCUCGUAACACUUCACCCUUACAAAGACACACACACACAUCAGAUACAUCAUGUAGACAUAGGUCCAAGUAGCUUGGGACUGUUUCAUUGAAAUACAGAUAUAGCAUAGAACACCUGAGAUACUAGAUAUAUUCACAAUCAAAUGGAAUUAAAGAGCACACAAUCAUUCAGGGCCCAAACACAGUACACGGUCCUAAUAGCCCACAUGAUACUAAAUGUCUGUAAACAUCACUAUCUGACUCCUGUCUUGGGAAAAGCCCCUUUCGCUGAACGACAGAAACACAGCACUGAACUUGUAAUUUAUUGUUUGUACAACUGGUAUGUGAAAAGAAAACUUGUGAUGAGUUUAUUUAUUAUUAUGGUAAUUUUGUAUCAUAAUUACUAUUUAACUAGGAAUAUGACUGUGCAGAAUCAUUCCUUUUUAAGAAAAUAGUGUUUUUUAGUAAUCUACAUGAAUAUCUGUACAUAAAAUCUAUAUAUUUAAAC